AUGGCGUCGACAACAUCCGAUCAGGCGGUCACCGAGCCGGUCGCCAUCUUCAAGCUCGCCAACCGCUACAUGAUCUACGAUGUCAACGUUGCGACCUAUCUUCGACGCGAACACAACAUCAUCGGUGUGCUUGGGGGAACACUGCCUCAGGCUUCACAGCAGAACGUCUUUCUUGGAAUGCCGCUACAGCUCAUGCCCGAAGAAGCACGCCUCCUGGUUCAAAAGGGGGUCGCACACGUCGUCGAUGAUGUGGCUGCGCACAAACGCAACUUUUUUGGUCAAGGCAUGAGCGCGGAAGAGAGGAAGGCCUAUCAGUCCGCUCUCAGGAAGCAAGGCCAAGGCGCAGCGAUGGAGCAAGUGAAGAAGAGCGAGGACAGGAAGAAGGCCGCGCUGCAGAAAAAGGGAGCGACAGAGAACUGGAACGACAUACCAGAUGACAUGUUUACACCAAGGGUGAGGAAGCCGAAGAAGGAAGACAAGAAGAAGGAGGACGAGCCUGUUAUCGGUGGAGGAGGUGGAGUCGUUGCAGACGAGGACGACAGCCUGUUUGACACGAGAAUCAACCCUGCUUCUGCAAACGGCGCAAGAUCUCGAGCGUCGUCAAAUGGAAGUACGGCAGGUCCAGAACCAUACGGCGUCACGCCCACGAUCUCCUACCCGCCAAUGCAAGUAGACCGGCCACAGCCCAGCGAAACAGUCGAAUUACCAGAAGCACAAGACUCAUACCCGCUCUACAAGCACCUGCACGAAAAUGGCUACUUCAUGGCACCCGGACUGCGCUUUGGCUGCCAGUACAUGGUCUACCCCGGCGAUCCGCUGCGAUUCCACUCGCACUUCUUGUGCAACGGUCUGGGCUGGGACGAGGAGUUCGAUCUGCAAGGCCUCGUUGGCGGAGGCAGACUCGGCACUGGUGUCAAGAAAGGAUUCCUGCUUGGUGGCGAUGAGGCGGAUACAGCAGAGGGCAAAGAUGGGAACGUCAGAGCGUUUUGCGUGGAGUGGGCGGGUAUGUAG